AUGAGAGAAUUGGCUAAAUUGUUACUAGAAUUGAAGACGCUGAAACCGUCACUUAAAAAUUUGAUGGAUUGUUUGAAACCUCAAAACUAUGAUCUAAUUGUUACUGCAACUAAAAAAGUAUCAAGUUACAAUUGUAAAACAGAUCGCUAUGGUGCUCCAACAUAUGCCAUGAACAUCAGCACUAGCCUAAAACAGUGUUGCAACAUAGCCAUAAUGACUACAUUAAAAUCAGGCAGCAGUGUGGAAACUGCUGCAGUAGCGGCUGAUCUAAAGACGCUAAUUCAUCUCAUCAAGACUAAUUGGAAGUUUGAUGUUUCAAGCCAGGCCUGCAAUGACUUAAACUUAAAAAAAUGGAAUAAAAUUACAAUUGUUCCUCUUGCGAAAGACUUAAAACUCCUUAAAAAUUAUCUUUGCGAAAAAUCUAAGUCUGCAGCAUCUAAGUUAAUAGAAUCCGAAACUAGCAAUAUUGAAACGUACAAUACUCUAACAGAGACAGUUUACUGCCUCGUUCUUCUUCUCAACAGACGUCGGCCUGGUGAACUGCAACGUCUCCCACUCAGCAUCUACCAAGAGAGCAGCAAUGACAAAAGCGCAUAUGAGGAAUUUGACCGAGCUAUUUCAAGUGCGGAAAAAGUGUUGGUAAAUAGUUUUAAGCGUAUUGUUAUACGGGGUAAAAGAGGUCGAGGUGUGCCCGUUCUCUUGACUGACGAAGUCCAAAGUGACAUCAAUUUGCUUAUCUCUGUGAGACGUAAUUACAUAUGUGAAAAAAACUACUUUUUGUUUGCAAAACCCGGAUCUGAAAGUAUAUUAUGUGGUUAUAAGGUCUUGAAAAAGUAUGCCACUGCAAGUGGAGCUCGAAAUCCUGCAGCUAUUACUACGACUAAGCUACGCAAACAUUUGGCUACGUUGACUCAGAUGUUUAACCUUAAAGAAUCAGACAUUGAACAACUAGCUAACUUUAUGGGGCACACACAGGCUGUCCACAGACAAAACUAUAGAUUACCCGAUGACGUGUAUCAGACGACCAAACUAUCAAAACUACUGCUGCUCAUGGAGAGUGGCAAAGCAGACUCUUAUAGAGGCAAAUGUUUGGAUGACAUAAACUUAGAUUUAGAACAAGAUUUACUAGAAAACGCACAGGGCCACGAUAAUUACGACAGUGAUGAAUUAAUAGAUUACGAUGCUUCAUUACCAACUGAAAAAUCAAAAGAAACGGAGUUCACAGACGAUAACCCUGUCCUUACUCCGCAGUCAACUCUACUUAGCGAUGCUACCAAUGCUACACAUAUUAAAACAAAGAAAAAACGAAACCUUGUUCCUUGGACCACAGAACAGAAAAGUAUAGUUAAAAAAGUUUUUUAG